ACCGAAACGGUUCGCGACACAUUAACACGCCGGUCAGUGUUUAAGGUUACCAGUGUCCUGUCGAAGGGGAUUUAUUUGUUAGUGAUUGUUUGUGAUCGUGCAGUGAUUUUAGUGCAAUCAUUUUACAGUGCCAAAAAGUUUAGCAGAUUGCAGGACACAAGGUGAUCGUGGUGACAACUGAGCGGCAGUAACCAUGAGCAGCAACGCGCCCGGGGCCACCAACCCCAUGCUGUACGAUCCCAUCCCGGAGGGACAGGGUUCCACGUCGAAGCGCAACCAGUUUGUCGCUGCGCUCGGAAUUUGCAUGGCAGCCGUCAGCGGUGGUACGGCCCUGGCCUGGACUUCGCCCGUCCUGGCCCAGCUUGUGCCGGCCAAUCAAAGCGACACGAGUGGGCUCGAGCGUGAAAGCUUUCUGCUAACAACCGACGAAGGAUCAUGGGUAGGAGCGUUUCUUGCCGUUGGUGCCUUCCUUGGUGCCCUGCCAGCCGGAUACUUGGCGGAAAAGAUCGGUCGCAAGUACACCACGAUGUCACUCGCAUUACCGUACCUCGUCAGCUGGGCAUUGAUCAUUUUUGCCAACGGUGCCGGCAUGUUGUACGCUGGCCGUUUGGUCAUUGGCAUUGCAACCGGUGCAUCCUGUGUCGUCGCACCCAUGUUCAUCUCGGAGGUAGCUGAAACGUCAAUUCGUGGUGCUCUGGGAGCCUUCUUCCAGCUACAUCUAACGGUCGGCAUCCUGUUCGUGUAUGCCGUCGGUUCCUACACGCACUGGGUUACACUCAGCAUACUGUGCGCCAUAUUCCCGGUGCUUCUGAUUGUGGCAAUGUUUAUCGUACCGGAGAGCCCAGUGUAUUUGGUCAAGAAGGGUCGCCGAAUUGAUGCGGGUGUAGCACUGAAAUGGUUCUGGGGACAAAGUGCAGAUACACAGUCGGCCCUCCAGACCAUCCAGUCUGAUCUCGACGCUGCCUCAGGUGAUGCUAAGGUGUCCGAUCUGUUCACCAACGGGACCAACCGAGCGGCGCUGUUCAUCUCCCUACUGCUGAUGUUCUUCCAACAGUUUUCCGGCAUUAAUGCGGUGAUCUUCUACACUGCACCGAUCUUCCAAUCCGCGGGCAGCACCAUGGAUCCGGCCGUCUGUUCCAUUGUGGUCGGUGUCGUGCAGGUCGUAAUGACGCUCGCUUCGUCCAUACUGAUCGACAAGGCUGGCCGUCGGAUACUGUUGCUCCAGAGUAGCUUCAUCAUGGGCGCGUGCUUAAUUGUGCUCGGCGUGUACUUCAAGAUGCAGAACGACAAGGUGGACGUCUCGAACAUUGGCUGGUUGCCGCUGGCCUCGGUUGUGCUGUUCAUUAUUAGCUUCUCGCUCGGGUUCGGUCCCAUCCCGUGGAUGAUGAUGGGUGAGCUGUGUGCGCCGGACAUUAAGGGACUCGCCUCAGCGCUGGCAGUAAUGUUCAACUGGACGCUCGUGUUCCUGGUAACGAAGACUUUCGGUACGAUGCAGGAGCUGCUCGGAUCCGACUGGACUUUCUGGUUCUUUGGCGCGUGGAUGAUGGUCUGUACGGUUUACGUGUUCAUUAAGGUGCCGGAAACGAAAGGCAAAACCAACGCACAGAUUCAGGCCAUCCUGGGUGGUAAAAAGUAAAGCCAUGCAUGUGUUGCUUCCACUGCAAAAAAAGAACGUGCACAACAUAGUAUCUGUGUCGGGCGUCCGUUUCGGUUUGUUUUAGUAAUCGUUCAAAAUUCCGUGUCCCGUAGUAGCGUCCUCGUUCGGGGUAGAAGUUUUGUCAUAAGUUUUAAACAAUUUAUUUUAACGUGUUGUAAAUAUGUUUCUGUAGCACUUUCUCAUGCCCACUAGUAUAUAUGGAACCGUUGUAGGUACAAGAAGCCGGAAGGCAUUCGGCUAGACAUCACGCAUCACGAUGAUGAAGAGCAGGGUAUGAUUUAGACGGUAAAAGAUUUCUUAUUCGUUUAGACAAACGUUGAGUACAUGGCACAGUAACCGAAACGACUGAUGGGAAAUAGGAAGCAAAUAGGGAAUUUAAACCUAAACUAAGACGCUUGAGUUAAAAAAGUUUUUGCCAUAAUAGUACGUAAUGCAGGGAAAAAUCGGUUAUCAAAAGGAUAGUGAAAAAAUGAGAAUACGAAGCAGAUUCGCUACUUCAAGCCGGAGUUUGUGCACUUGCAGGGCGAGGCUGCCAUAUAGAAGUGUUUGCUAUAUUGGUUGUAAGAAAUAUGCUAAGUUUAAAAAGAAGGAAAGUUAGUUUCUAUUGCGUUACUUCAAUGCUUCAAUGCGCUCGAUUGAUGAGCUUUGAGGGAGCUUAUGAGUCACCAUAUGCGCAGAUCAAACAGUUCCUCAUUGUCAAUUGUUUAUUGAUCGUGUGUCUAUCAACGCAAAAACUAAAGCAAACGAAUAUAUCGUAGGCGAUACAUACGCAAGUCAGUUUAGCAUAUCAGUCACAAGAUAGAAGGAGUGGAAGCGAGUUUUUCGGUCUCUUUAUCGCGUACCGUCGCAUCUCAAGCUCAUAGUACCCUUUUAGACCACAACCUAUCUCACAACACAACUUCCCCAACCAAUGGUACAACCAGUCAGAACCUCGACUGUAUCCGGUUUAUUGCCGUCGAAGCUCGUUUUUGUUUUUUUUUGAAAAUGUUCAUGUUUCUCGCUAGAUUUCAGAUAGCAGUGGGCAAAAUAAAAGAUUUUCGUUCCAUGGUGCCAUAUCGA